GCCGGGCCGGGCCGGGGCGGCGUGGGUCACGUGACGCCCGGCCCGGAAGCGCUCGCUCCCGAGACCCCCGGGUGACGGGGUCGGGAUCUGCCUUCUGGAGCGACCGGGAGGGUCGCGGGGGUCCCUGCAGUUUUCCGCUCCCCGCAUCCGCCGCCAUGGCCUGGACCAAGUACCAGCUGUUCCUGGCCGGGCUCAUGCUUGUCACCGGCUCCAUCAACACGCUCUCGGCCAAGUGGGCAGACAACUUCAUGGCCCCGGGCUGCGGAGGGGGCAAGGAGCACAGCUUCCAGCAUCCCUUCCUCCAGGCUGUGGGCAUGUUCCUGGGGGAGUUCUCCUGCCUGGCGGCCUUCUUCCUGCUUCGGUGCAGAGCUGCGAGGCACCCAGAUGCCAGCAUGGAUCCCCAGCAGCCCUUUAAUUCCCUUCUUUUCCUGCCUCCUGCCCUGUGCGACAUGACGGGGACCAGCAUCAUGUAUGUGGCCCUGAACAUGACAAGUGCCUCCAGCUUCCAGAUGCUUCGGGGUGCGGUGAUCAUAUUCACGGGCCUCUUCUCGGUGGCCUUCCUGGGACGGAGGCUGGCGCUGAGCCAGUGGCUGGGCAUCCUUGCCACCAUCGCGGGACUGGUGGUCGUGGGCCUGGCCGACCUCCUGAGCAAGCACGACGAUCAGCACAAGCUCAGUGAAGUGAUCACAGGGGACCUGUUGAUCAUCAUGGCCCAGAUCAUCGUCUCCAUCCAGAUGGUGCUCGAGGAAAAGUUCGUCUACAGGCAUAACGUGCACCCGCUGCGGGCAGUCGGCACUGAAGGCCUCUUCGGCUUCGUGAUCCUGUCCCUGCUGCUGGUGCCCAUGUACUACAUCCCUGCUGGCUCCUUCAGCGGAAACCCCCGCGGGACACUGGAGGACGUGCCAGACGCCUUCUGCCAGGUGGGUCGACAGCCGCUCAUUGCCCUGGCGUUGUUGGGCAACAUCAGCAGCAUCGCCUUCUUCAACUUCGCGGGUAUCAGUGUCACCAAGGAGCUGAGCGCCACUACCCGCAUGGUGCUGGACAGUCUGCGCACCAUUGUCAUCUGGGCCCUGAGUCUGGCGCUGGGCUGGGAGGCCUUCCACCCCCUGCAGAUCCUGGGCUUCCUCAUCCUCCUGAUGGGCACCGCACUCUACAAUGGGCUGCACCGCCCGCUGCUGAGCCGCCUGUCCAGGGGCCGGCCCCCCGCAGAGGAAGGCGAGCAUGAGAGACUGCUCGGCGGCUCCCGGACUCCCAUCAAUGAUGCCAGCUGAGCCUCGCGUGGGUUCUCCGCUGCUACCUGGAUGCACCUUGUCCACCCUGAGGCCGAGGCUGCUCGGGCUGGUGAGCCUCCAGUGGCCUGUCCCCGAGGCCUCACCCUCUCCUCCCCACAGACACCCCCCCCCGCCAGGGCAGCUGCUACCCCAAGAGAUGACCAGACACCCAGGUCCUCCUUGGUCACCACCCCCUGUGCCGCCCACACAGGCCUGAUUACGGUGACCUACCCCUGCCAGGCUCGCCCGCAAGCCCCUCCUGCAACACGAGCACUAAAUCAUGAAGUGGAAUUGCAGGAACUAACAACCCUAAGAUUUUCUCCUAAAUCAUAAGCUAAAUUUGGUUCUCCAGAGAAGAGAGGUCAGUGAACACAUUCAAACCGGAACUUGGUGCCGUGUUUUCUAGAACCUAUAGGCUAUUUGCUAACCCCGCCGUGGAGAUUUAAGUUUUAGCUAGACUGUGCCACAAACUCGGCGUAUGUCCCCCAGCCCAUUACCUAGUGGCCCUGAGCCUUGGGGUCCUCGUCUGUAAAGCAGAAGGUGCAGCUGCUGUGGCUUUGGUGCCUCCAGCCUCAGCCGGGCCCAUCCUCUGGGAAAGGAGGAGCACCUUCUUUGGAAAUGCUCCUCUGCCCACGGUGCCUCCUCCCCAUGCCAGUGCUGGCAUCCUUGCUCCCACACUCUCAAGACCUCCCUGCCCAGGGCAGCGGGGCGGGGGAUGAUGGGGAAUUCCAAGCAGCCCUUAAUAGCAGCUUUUACGAACUCGUCACCUUCCAUUUUAAGGAUGAGAAGACUGAGGCCCAGAGAUGUAAAUGGUUUUGCAAGAAGGCUCUCCUUCUGUAGACUCCGGCCAUGCCCUUGGGAUCCAGAGCACAUCUGGACCUCAACCCUACCCCCAACAACCCGACUCCACAGAUAUCCCUCCAGGGUGACGAACUUACUAGCACUGCGCCAUUUAGAGUAAUUCUGGUGUCCUGGGCAUGUGUUAAGUGCUCAGCGGUAAUCCGUCGGUGUAACAAGCCACACGGGUGGGUGCAGAUGAGGAAGCCACGGCCCAGAGGUGCUUCGCGGACUUCUUCACGGAGCCUGCAGUCCCAGCUAGGUUUGCCUGAUUCCAGACCUACAGCCCCACCCACCAUACAGGUCUCUCUGGGGUCUUUGGGGUAAAUUUUCCAUGGCCAGAAUAAAAGCUUCAUGUGCUGUUGCUCUUGUCUGCCCCCCCCACACACCCCUGAAGAGAGGGGACUGGCAUUGGGGACCCCAGGGAGCAGAGCAGCCCUUCCUUGCGGAGUUCCUCACUCCGUGGCAGUUUCUGGAGCCUCAGACCAUUUUUCUGGGCAGCUUCAUCAUAAAACAAAACACCGAAUGCCUUCCUUAAAAUAGAUCCUGGGGGAAGGGCUCUUUGACAACGCAAAGCCCUCAGGCUCUGUGGGAAUCAGCAGGUUAUUAGAUUGUUGGGAGGGGAGGGCCACUCCCUGCCACCAGCUCCGAGUCCCAGGGGCCCCAGAGCUUCUGUGGGCCACAGCAUAUACCCCAGAAGAAGGAAAUGGGGAGUGAGCCUGGUGGGGACUUCAGCUUCCUUGUCCAAAAUAACUGGGACCUUACGAUGGCAUUUGAGGCUCUAUUUUUAAAAACAAAAGGGAAAUUGACAUACUGUCAAUUUUUUUUUUUUUUUUAAAUGAGAGGGAAGGAGCACAAGGGUUAAAUAUCAGGCCUGACCGCAAAUCAGGCAAAUCACUUUAUUUCUGGAUCUUUGGGUCUUCACACAUCUCCAAAAUGGGAAAGCUGGCCCUCCAUCUUGUGGGAUGAGUGUGAAAAUCACAUAAGAUAAUAAACUGAAGGUGCCCAUAAACACCCACGUGGCAGAAUGUCGUGUCGGGUUCACACUGCCCUCUGGGGUGGCCUGCCGGGGACACAGGAGUCCCAGCAGAGGCCCAGCACGGAGCAUCAGUUCUCCGAGGGGAAGAAAUGUCUUAUUAAAAUACACCAUCAUGGAAAAAAAAAUACACCGUCAUUGAGGAGAAUGUAAAAUUCCCAUCUAUUUUAAGACA